UAGGACUCCAUAGUAAAAUUGGCCUGUUCUUGUAGGAGAAGCGGGCAAUCGAGCAGGGAAACACAAGAAGAUAAUCGGGCGAGUUGUCGUUGAAGGGAAAGAGAGAUGUCACUGGUGGAUUACGAAUCUUCAGAUUCCGAUGAAGAAGAAACAGAGCUUCAAGAGGAGCCAUCGCAGGAACAAAAUCAGAAAAAACAAGUGAAAUCAGUCGCCUUACAAACUAAGGUUGCUCCAAGCCAAGACCCACCUGCUCCUCAGCUUCAGAAAAAAGGAGAAGAGCCGUCUUCAAAGAAGCAACCAUUGGAAUCUUCCCACCCGUCACAAUCAUCUGAGUUGAAACUUCCAGAUGCUUCAUUUCUCUUGAAUUCACCUUCAUUGCCAUCUCAUCUUGAACAUUCAUCUGACCAUUCUUUUCGAGUGGCAACGGCAAUGGCCGAAAACGCAAGGAAGAGAGACUUAAAUGGACCAGUAUCAAGCAGCUAUCCACGCAGCAAAGUUCCAAGAGGUUCAUUGCCGCACACAAAGAAUUUUCCUGACACCGGAAGUGGUCUUCUACUCCCACCUCAACUUUCUGGAAGGAGCAAUGUCGUCACAGAAGACAUAAACAAGCUGUUUGUAAGAAAGCAAGACAACUCUUCAGCUUAGUUGAUGUGUGGAAUUGCCAAUUUUCUUUAGAUCUGAUUAACCUUUGUCAGUUUCUGAAACAGGUUGGUCGUUCUGGCCAUAUGUUUGUGAAAAUAAUUUGUUAUUGUUCAUGUUCAUGUGGGUUAACACAGUACAAUUGUGGCAACUGACUUUGCAUUUACAAAGUACUCUGGUGCAUAAUGUUUUUGAGCUAAUGUAGUGUGUGUUAAGUUCCUUAUUGUGCUAACAUAUACGACAUUGAGUUGCGCCUCCUAUUAUGUUGAAUUAUCGACUUUUUAGGAUGUAACAUUGAGGAACUCUAAUGGAGCCAAAAAUUCACUAUUUUUUGGCUUUGGGGUGUGAUAGAAUAAAGCAAAAUGGAUCUC